AUGUUCAGUCACUUAGUCACUGCUGCGAAGGGCAUAUUCACGCGACACCCCGAUCAUCCCGUUGACAACUCCGAAAUGGUCACUACCCGUCGGGGAGACGUCACCCCCAUGUCUGCUGGCAAGCGCAAGUCUCGGCCUACGAGCGCGGGAAACCCCGACAGCCAGGAAACCAAGCGCCAAAAGAGCAGUCCUCAGGCUGCCAACACACCCACAGAGACUUCAUCGGAUACAGAAGAGACACCCAACGUAAAUGGGGCGAAUGCGCCUGCGGGGAAGAAGAUUCGAUUCGGCAGCGAAGAGCCCGAACCGAUCGACACACAGCCAGAGGAGACCCCAGAAGCACCACAGGAAGAUGAAGAUUCGGACAGCGACGACGAUGCGCCAGAGGCCAUCGACAACUCUGCCCAACUAUCGAAAAUGAAGGAGCAGGCAAAGAAGCAGGAAGCAGCGAGGCAAUUAGAGGAAAAGGCCAAGAGAGAGAAGCGACGGAAACUCGACGAGCGUCGCAAGCAGCAGGCCAAGGCGAAGGAGGUCCCGGUCGAUGACAUGAUGUCCGAGAGCACCACUACUCUCCAAGGCGAAACUACACAGGAUGCACGACGAGCCGCCCUCCCCGCUCUGCUUCCCGACGACAUUUUGAACGCCGAGCCCGUUAUUCGCCCUCCCACACCCCCUCUGGAAGAUCUGUUCGCCAUGCCCAAAAAGUCAAAUAAGCUACGAUUCUUGGACAAGACAGACAAGAUUCCCAAAGAUGUGAACAUGGGGGAUGUCAACAUUCGCGUACUCGAUGCGCCAUCCUCACGGAAGUCUUCUAAGCCUGCGCCUCCCCCACGGGUUUCCAAGGUUGGACGUAAUGUCAAGAGCAGCCUUCUUCAGAAGACUCGUAACACAGCGCGGAGCAAUGGCCUUCAAAAGAAAGCCAGUGGCCCUGGAGGGUUUGUUCGCCGGUGA